GCUCCCGUCGUGCCCCGCGCGUCUUCCUCCCCGGGCCUAGGCUUAGCGAGGCGCCUCCUGCGGUCACUCCACUCCAACUCCUCACCAACCCCUCACCAACUCCUCACCGGCUCCUCACCAGCUCGCGAUUAUCUCUCUCUAACUUCACUGAGCGCGCGUUGCCCACGUUGUCGCGUCUCCGUUGGAAGGGCAUCGUGCGUAGCGGCGACUACUCGACACCAACAUGGCGACCUCACUGCCUAUGAACCCGAAGCCGUUCCUGAACGGCCUGACUGGGAAACCCGUGAUGGUGAAACUGAAGUGGGGCAUGGAGUACAAGGGAUACCUUGUGUCCGUCGAUGGCUACAUGAACAUGCAGCUCGCCAACACUGAGGAGUUCAUCGAUGGUGCCUUGGCAGGGCACCUGGGGGAGAUCCUCAUCCGGUGUAACAACGUGCUGUACGUGCGAGGCGUGGAGGAGGAAGAGGAGGACGGGGAGAUGAGGGAGUGAUGUGCCUCCAGAUAUUUCAAAUCCGUUUGUUUUCACUUGGCAUCUUUGUUAUUAGUUCAUCAACUUUUAAGGCGUUUUUGUAAAGCGUUUCAAAGUGAGUUAAAAUAACGUGUACCAUGCUCCCAGGUAUUUUUUUUUUGUUCAGCGGCAUUUAGAGGAUAAAAAAUGCGUAACAUUGUGAAUUUCGCGAGGUGUGGUUCCACACUAAGGGAUUCGUAGGCAUUUUCACGUAUCCCAACAAUAUUGGUUUGAUGUUUCAUUCACGCGGUUUUAACAUUUUGAAUUUAGCGAGGUGUGAUUUUACGCUAAGCGAUUCUUAGGCAUCUUCACG